UUCUUCUGUUUGAGGAGAGGAAGAGGAGGAGGAAGAGGAGGAGAGAGGAGUCGCCAUGACCUGUUCUCCGCUCCGUCCAUAGAGCAGCUGGUCAGUGGAAGACGCGUCAGAAAAGACAGCAGAGACGACGGCAGGAUGAAACUGUGGGGGAGGUCAGCGUGGCCUUUGCAGGUGGCCUUACUCGUUGCCGUGGUGACGCUCUGCGUUGACCUGGUGUCUGCCGGCGGCCGUAACCACCGGGGACAGACAGUGUCGUACCAGGUGAAGCAGGGGACGUGUGAAGUGGUGGCCGUCCAUCGCUGCUGUAAUAAGAAUAAGAUUGAGGAGCGCUCUCAAACUGUCAAGUGUUCCUGUUUCCCGGGGCAGGUCGCCGGCACCACCAGAGCCAGACCUUCAUGUGUGGAAGCCUCCAUCGUAGCUCAGAAGUGGUGGUGCCAGAUGCACCCGUGUAUGGACGGGGAGGAGUGUAAGGUCCUGCCUGACCUGACUGGCUGGUCCUGCAGCACUGGCAACAAAGUCAAAACCACCAAGGUCACACGAUAGCAAGAGAGCCACCGAGCCUGAAACCUGAAACUCUCCAUGUGGAAAGGAAGGAUGACUCAUACACUUAGAGUGUGCGACGAGGGGAAAAUAUCACAGGGAAGGAACCACUGUCAGACGAUCCAUCACAAAACAAUGGGAUACAAAUGUGCUCAUCACAAACUGUGUACACUCGGAACACAAACCAAUGGACUACAAUAAUGGACACCCAGGGUACGUCCGGACACAAAAUGGAGUCUACGACGGACAACGUGUGACUCAAAAAAAAUGGAUUUAAAACAUUUCAAAGUAUAUAUUUCAACAAAGCAUUUGUGAAUGAACGCUGCGUUCAGAGUUGAUGCUGGAGGACAAAAAUGAUGAAACGCGAUAGCAGCUCAUAAACUAGCAAAUUAGCGUCCGAUUGCUCGUGUGGGUCAAGUUGCACACCAUGGAGACUGUUCCAAUUAGGGACUGCAGCGUAGGAUCACAACAGCGUAUUAAAAAUUCAUGUAUGAUAUUUGCACUAGUUGAAGCCGUUUGGGAAUGUUUUGUUUUUCUAGAUUAUCUCCCAUCUUUUGCUGUGGAUGUCACAUCAAGCUGAAGCUGAGCAUUUUGUAAAAUGUCUGACCGGACGUAGAUAAGUAUAUAUAUGUACACACAUACAUAUAUCUAUGUAGAAAACAUUGCCCCACGUUUCCUCAGUAGUUAUUGGUUAAAAUGGCUCUGGUGAUUGAGCCUCACUCACAUACAGCUUGGUACAAUAUGAACUCUGGAAAAAGAAAAAAAGUGUGAUUCAUCCGUCUCAUUUUUGACCAGGAACGUUUUCAAGCUCAGCCUUCCAACUUAUAUCUCUUUCAUGGAUUAUAAUCUGUGACAUCUCUUAUGUUCACUGUUAAAACGAGGCCCAUAAAAUGUUCAAACACA